AUGUCGGGCCAAACGCUCACCGACCGGAUCGCCGCCGCCCAGUACAGCGUGACGGGCUCUGCGGUGGCCAGGGCUGUGUGCAAGGCCACCACUCAUGAAGUGAUGGGCCCCAAGAAGAAGCACCUGGACUAUUUGAUCCAGGCAACCAACGAAACCAAUGUUAAUAUCCCUCAGAUGGCAGACACGCUCUUUGAGCGGGCAACCAAUAGUAGCUGGGUGGUUGUGUUCAAAGCCUUGGUGACAACACAUCAUCUCAUGGUGCAUGGAAAUGAGAGAUUUAUUCAGUAUUUGGCCUCUAGAAAUACACUAUUUAAUCUCAGCAACUUUUUGGACAAAAGUGGAUCCCAUGGUUACGAUAUGUCCACCUUCAUAAGGCGCUACAGUAGAUACUUGAAUGAAAAGGCUUUCUCUUAUAGACAAAUGGCAUUUGACUUUGCCAGAGUGAAGAAAGGGGCCGAUGGCGUCAUGAGAACAAUGGCUCCAGAGAAGCUGCUGAAGAGCAUGCCGAUACUGCAGGGACAGAUUGAUGCGCUGCUGGAAUUUGAUGUGCACCCAAACGAACUAACAAAUGGUGUCAUCAAUGCUGCAUUUAUGCUUCUUUUCAAAGAUCUUAUCAAACUGUUUGCUUGCUACAACGAUGGAGUGAUUAACUUGCUCGAAAAGUUUUUUGAAAUGAAGAAAGGACAAUGUAAAGAUGCCCUAGAAAUUUACAAGCGAUUUCUCACAAGGAUGACGCGAGUGUCCGAAUUUCUCAAGGUUGCCGAGCAAGUUGGUAUUGAUAAAGGGGACAUCCCCGACCUCACUCAGGCUCCCAGCAGUCUUAUGGAGACCCUUGAACAGCAUCUAAAUACAUUAGAAGGAAAGAAACCUGGAAACAAUGAAGGGUCUGGUGCUCCCUCUCCAUUAAGUAAGUCCUCCCCAGUCACCACUGCCACGUCGCCUAACUCCACACCAGCUAAAACCAUCGACACGUCCCCGCCCGUCGAUUUAUUUGCAACGGCAUCUGCAGCUGUGCCCGUCAGUGCUUCAAAGCCAUCGAGUGAUCUCCUGGACCUCCAGCCAGCCUUCUCUUCCGGAGGAGCAGCGGCUGCAGCCCCUGCAGCACCACCGGCCGGCGGAGCCACGGCCUGGGGAGACCUUUUGGGAGAGGAUUCUUUGGCUGGCCUGUCCUCUGUCCCCUCCGAAGCACAGAUUUCAGACCCCUUCGCUCCAGAGCCCACCCCUUCCACCACGACUGCAGAAGCAGCCCCGGCCUCCGCCCCAGCCGCCACCACCCCCGCGGUGCCGGUGGCCUCCUCGGACGUGGAUCUCUUCGGAGAUGCGUUUGCCGCUUCUCCGGGGGAGGCCCCCGCCGUGCCCGAGGGCGCCCCCGCGCCCGCCGCGCCCGCCCCGGUGGCCGCCGCCCGCGAUGCUUGCUCAGGAAAUGACCCCUUCGCCCCAUCCGAGGGGAGCGCGGACGCUGCGCCCGAGCUGGACCUCUUUGCCAUGAAGCCACCCGAGACCAGCGCUCCUGUAGUCACUCCCACAGCUAGCGCCGCACCCCCUGUUCCCGCCACCGCGCCUUCUCCUGCUCCUGCUGCCGCGGCCGCCGCCACGGCCACCACCGCCACCGCAGCCCCGGCCCCAGCCCCGGCUGCCCCGGCAGCCCAGGCCGCCGCUCCCGCUCUAGAUAUCUUUGGGGAUCUCUUUGAGGCGGCUCCAGAAGUGGCGGCGGCCCCAGCGCCUACUAAGCCGGAGGCUGCGCCCAGCAUAGACCUGUUCGGGACAGAUGGCUUCUCCUCUCCACCGCACGGGGCCUCUCCGGUGCCGGACAGCGCGCUCACAGCCGACCUCCUCUCGGUGGAUGCGUUUGCCGCGCCUGCCCCGGCAGCCGCUGCUUCUCCGGCAAAGGUGGAGCCUGCGGGCGUAAUAGACCUGUUCGGGGAUGCUUUUGGAACUAGUGCAUCUGAGUCCCAACCUACUCCUCAGGCAGCUUCUAGUUCUUCAGCCUCGGCCGACCUACUAGCCGGGUUUGGGGGUUCGUUCCUGGCCCCUUCUCCGUCCCCGGUGACCCCGGCUCAGAAUAACCUGCUUCAGCCCAAUUUCGAGGCAGCCUUUGGCAGCACGCCCGCCACUUCCAGCAGCAGCUCCUUUGACCCGUCAGGUGAUCUUCUGAUGCCAACCAUGGCACCAGCCGGGCAGCCUGCCCCUGUCUCCAUGGUACCACCCAGUCCAGCCAUGGCCUCCAGCAAAGCCCUGGGAAGUGAUCUGGAUUCGUCCCUGGCCAGCUUAGUAGGCAAUCUUGGAAUCUCUGGUACCACAACCAAAAAGGGAGAUCUCCAGUGGAAUGCUGGGGAGAAAAAGCUGACUGGUGGAGCCAACUGGCAGCCAAAGGUGACGCCAGCCACAUGGUCUGCAGGCGUGCCCCCGAGUGCGCCUCUGCAAGGAGCGGUGCCUCCGGCCGGCGCGGUGCCCCCAGGGCCGGGCGCCCCGUCCGUGGGACAGCCUGGAGCAGGAUUCGGCAUGCCUCCCGCGGGCGCCGCCAUGCCCAUGAUGCCCCAGCAGCCGGUCAUGUUCGCACAGCCCAUGAUGAGGCCACCCUUCGGAGCCGCCGCGGGCCCCGGCGCGCAGCUUUCUCCAAGCCCCUCACCUGCUGCUCAGAGUCCCAAGAAACCUCCAGCAAAGGACCCAUUAGCGGAUCUUAACAUCAAGGACUUCAUGUAAACCAUCGAAGCUGCAGUUUUUGUGACUGGAUAGGAAAACGGAAAUGAGUUUGGGAUCUUCAGAUCAGAUGGCUGCUCAGAGGCUCCCAGGGGCAGAGCGCCGUGCGAGCCCCAUGCUUCCUCAUAACUCCUCUUCCAGGACGCGUAGCGCAGCUGCGAAGCAAGCGUUAGGAACGUGAACCUUAGCUGUUCCCCCUCCUCUCAACCCCUAGUGUAUGUGGGCUACUUGUGCAUUGUACGUUGUCGUAAACAAUGAAUGGAUAUUUCCAAUGCCUUUAGUGCUUUUCUGGACCUUGCUUGUGGACGGGUGACACAGCUGUGGUGUGGCGAGCCAUUGAGAAAGGUGUGUCUUGUGUUUUUUGAAAGUUUUGAUGUGUAUAUACAACUUUUGGACAAACCCUAAACUCUCCCCAUGAAUUCUCUUCUCUUCCGUAUCUGUGUUACAAGCAUAAUGUGAUAAUACCAGAUAGUAAGGAAAACACUCUUAAAAUACACAAAACUUUUUUCGGUGUGGAGUACAUUUUUCCAAUCACAGAAACUUCAGCUGUCGUGAGAAAUGUUUAUUUUUGUGGCACUGUAUAUGUUAAGAAAUUUUAUUUUAAAAAUAUAUAUAUAAAGGUUAACGUCCAUAAUAAAUACUUCUCCUUGAAGCUACCUUACCAAGAAUGAAAACUCAUAGGGGAAGACGUCCCUAUUUAUCACUGCUAUAUUAAGAUGUAUAUUUUAAUUAUAUUUGACAGGUUUUGCAUCUAAAUUGACCUAUUUAUGAAUUCUUGAUUAAAUGCACUGAAAAGUGAAGCGUCCAUUUCUCUCCUGUCUGUGACAAUACAAUUCGAGAUGUGCUAUUUCUGUGGUUAUGAAAAUACCCCAGGGAUAUCUGUGACUUCAAGAUUACUGCAAAUAUUUUUACUUGGCUGUGGGUUUUCUGUACAUCUGUUCAUGUCAUAUUUCUUUGUGUGUUCUGGAGACUGGUGUUUUUCCAUCCUUCCACUGAACUCAGUGUGGACUUUGUUGUAAUCAUUGUGACUAGAAUUUAAACUGAUUCCAAGAAGUGUAGCCUUCACUGUACAUACUGCAUUCUUUGGUUUUUAAUCUGUUGUCAUGUUGUCUGUGCUGAUGGCUUGGCUUACGAUGUGGGAGCACAAAUGAGGUCGCUGUCAAUCAGUGUUGCUCGUGGCUUGACGGCUCUUCAUAAAAGCAUAUUGGAUUGGAAAGGCAUUCGCCUGUUUUUCAAAUCACUUAAUAGAUGUAUGGUACCAUUUAAAAGUGGUUGUAUCUGAAUUUACUGUGGGGAUAACAUACACUGUAACGGGGAAAUUACCCAAAACCAAUUUCAAAAUGGCUUUUCUUUGUAUUUCAGUUUCAAACCCCAGUGCAUGUACGCCCUCUGAGAUGCAAUAAACACC